ACAAAAUCCCAAAUGCUUUCAGUCACUCCCCCUCUUCUUCUCCACAAAAACUCCACCCUCUUCUUCUUCCCCCCAUCCCUCCCAAUCCGCACAACCCCGCCAAACCCUAGCAAUCCCCUCAGGAUCUCGCGAUGCUCUUCGGCCCUGCAAGAGGUCCACGGCUCCUCCUCCGAUCAGCUCGGACCGGAUGAGCUCUACACGUCGUCGCCGUUCCCGGCUUUAAAGGCGGCGAAGAGAGUGGUGCUGGUGAGGCACGGGCAGAGCACGUGGAAUGAGGAAGGUAGGAUCCAAGGCAGCUCCAAUUUCUCUGUGCUCACCAAGAAAGGCGAGGCUCAGGCCCAGACUUCCCGCCAAAUGCUCAUCGGUGACACCUUCGACGUCUGCUUCGCCAGUCCCUUGGCACGGUCAAAGAGAACAGCUGAAAUUAUAUGGGACACUCGCAAAGAGGAAAUCAUUAUGGAUUUUGAUUUGAGGGAAAUCGACUUGUACUCGUUUCAGGGCCUCUUAAAGCAAGAAGGAAAACAAAAGUUUGGUGCAGCUUUUCAAAAAUGGCAGCAAGAUGCACCAAAUUUUUGUAUUGAUGGUCAUUACCCAGUGAGAGAGUUAUGGGCACGUGCUAGGAGCUGCUGGACCAGAAUACUAUUGCAUGAAAGCAGGUCUGUUCUAGUGGUUGCUCAUAAUGCUGUUAAUCAGGCUCUCCUUGCAACAGCUAUUGGACUGGGAACAGAAUAUUUCAGGACUUUAGUUCAGAGCAAUUGUGGUGUAAGCGUGCUGGACUUCACCCCUCAUGCUGAGGGCGGGUCACCAUAUAUUUGCCUCAAUCGUCUAAACCAGACCCCUAUUGAAGCUGGAAGUUCAGGAGGAAGGAAAACUAGUAAGCGGAUCAUACUUGUCUGUCAUGGAUCCACACAGAUGAGUGCAGAGCCAAUGGACAUGCUUGGGGUUAUAAAGGCCCAGAAAAUUGCUGAGCUACUUCUUGAUUUGAAAGUGAACUCUAUAGUUAGCAGUCCCAAGGAAGCUUGUGUUGAAACAGCAGUUGCCAUCUCCAGGGUACAAGAAGCUGCAGAUUGCUUGGGAGCUGACUCUGCGCCACGGUAUGUGGAGAUGAAGCAGAUGGAGAACCUUGAUGUUGAAAACAUUCUUCAGAAGUCAAAUAAGAACGGAACGGAGAUUCCACCUCUUCACCCCGGUUGGCUUAAUGGAUUUGAGGACAGAAUCGUGGAAACUUUGUGGGAUCAAUCUGAGAAGGCAUGGCAGUCUCUGCUAAAAGAAGUAGCUGAUGAAACGGCACCGGAGAAAGUUGUUGUUGCAGUUAGUCACCCUGCAUUGCACAUAGCAUUGCUGGGGCACUGCUUGGGUUUGACAAAAGAAUGGUUGGGAUCGUUUCAUCUCGAUGCAGGAAGCAUCAGUAUCAUUGACUUUCCAGAUGGUCCUAGUGGGAAAGGUGUUAUUCGGUGUAUAAACUAUACUGCCCAUUUGGGGAGAUGGUCAGUUCCUAUAACCACAUCAACAGUAGACGAUAAAUAGUUUGGAAUUUGAAUGUAUGUAUAAAAUUAUUCAGAAAUGAUUCGUGUAGACUACUGCAGUAUAGAUACUGAAAUGGAAUUACCUUAAUCCAUGUACAUCAU